GCUUCCUGUUCUGACGGACACUCCGGCCGUAACGAUGAUCGGGGACAUCCUGCUGUUUGGGACGCUGCUGAUGAACGCCGGGGCGGUGCUCAACUUUAAACUGAAAAAGAAGGACACGCAGGGCUUUGGGGAGGAGUCGAGAGAACCGAGCACAGGUGACAACAUCCGGGAGUUCUUGCUGAGCCUCAGAUACUUUCGAAUCUUCAUCGCCCUGUGGAAUGUCUUCAUGAUGUUCUGCAUGAUUGUGCUCUUUGGCUCCUGAGCUCCAGAUAUGGAACCAGGAACACAGCUUCUCAGAUGCUGAGUCUCUCUUCCUCUGUUCCUGACGACUUCAAGAAUAUUUUGAUUGGAAAACUGGUGACCUUCCCAGAAAACCCAAGCAUGUGGUGGGUGGAAAAAAUGUUCAGCAAGAUGCACACAGUUUCCCAGCCAUGUCACUGUUUUCUUUUCAAAGAUAUUUUCACUUUGAUCUCUGCACUGAAAUGCUGUCUACUAAAAGAGUUUGAGGAGGGCUUAUGCAUGGGGCUGUGAUAACUGGCAUUCCCCAGAGAUAAAAGACCAAAUCUAGAUUGUUUCAUCAGAUCAGAAUCCCUCCUUUACCAAGCUUUCACUGGAACCCCAUUUCUGGGUGUUUCUUGGUUUGUUUUUAAUAACCAUACUAACUGGUUCAAAUUAUACAGAUUUUGAAAAAUAUUUUUUAUCCACGGAUUUGAUGCAGAAAGGUUGGCCUUUAAGUUUAAUGCACCCUCUUAUGGGGCUGCAUUUAUGAGGAACAAGCAAGUUCAGUGUUGCUGGGUCUGGGUCCAAACUUCAUCCCUAUUCCGACGGGCUCUGCUCAGUCACUCUGUGCCACUGAGGUUGUCCCCAGGACUUGAAGGGUGAAGUAUAACUGAUCCCCACGGAAGAGAGGUAUAGAACAGUUGGCAGGGAAGGAUGGGGAUUUUAUGAGAAAUUUUGCCUUGCUUUCAAGCCCUCUAUUAAAGUAACUUUGGGGGCCAUUCAUUGUACAGUUUUUAGAAUGAUUUUUGUGGUGAUAUUGGGACCCAGUCCUGAAAGCUUGGGUUUUUGGGGUGUGCUUUGUUGGUGGGUAGUUUCAAGGUUGCAAAACAGUAAGCCUCAUUUGAGGAAAUACAAUAUUUUGCACAGAAGCUUCUUGGAAGGAAGUCCUGGUUUAAUUGCCAAAAUGACAUGCUGGUGGUCAGGGCUCAGAUUCCACAGGUGUUGGAUUUGUUUGUUGUGGUUUUCGAAAUCCUGACUUGUAGGUAACCUGGUGCGAGGAAAAACAAAUAGGCAGGCUUUUAGAACUAAAUAGCAUUGAAAAUAAAGCUUGUUUCAAAAAAGGA